AUGGGUCCUCAAUCAGAGGCAGGCCCCUAUGCCGAAGGUGAAAAUUAUGAUCCUUCACAUUCCGAUGAUGGGGGAAGACUUACAACUGAGAGGGAUAUCACAAUGCAAGAUCAACAUCUACCGAGGCCUAAUGGCCCAGAUAGGAGGAUGAAUGCAUCACCGGCAAACAGCGUGAGUGGUAGAGAAGGUCCCAUGAGAGAGGGGAGUCGCAGACCAAGCAAUGAGCGCACACGAUCACGAACGCGAACUGGGAGGACUGGCAGCGGAUCUUUGAGAUUGUGUAAAAAGUGCGGUGAACCUUUGACAGGUCAAUUUGUACGUGCGCUUGGAGGUACAUUCCAUCUGGAUUGUUUUAGAUGUCGAGAUUGCGGUCAAAUAGUCGCAUCAAAGUUCUUUCCGGUAGACGAAGAAAAUGGCGAAGGACAAUACCCCCUCUGCGAGACUGAUUACUUCCGACGCUUAGAUUUGAUAUGCCACCAAUGUAAUGGUGCACUACGAGGAUCAUAUAUCACCGCCCUCGAGCGCAAAUACCACAUCGACCAUUUCACUUGUUCAGUAUGUCCAACAGUGUUCGGCGCACAAGAUAGUUAUUACGAGCACGAUGGACAAGUUUACUGUCACUACCAUUAUUCGACACGAUUCGCGCAACGAUGUAAUGGAUGCCAAACAGCAAUCUUGAAACAAUUCGUCGAGAUAUUUCGAAAUGGUCAAAAUCAACAUUGGCAUCCUGAAUGUUAUAUGAUCCAUAAAUUUUGGAAUGUUAGGUUGGCAUCUCCGCAGGAUGUACAAGAAAUUCAACAGGAAUCUGAAGAUACGACGAACGAGGAAGAUCGAAAUAAUGUGCGAUUAGAAGAGGAGAGAAUGGAAGAAAAGGUCUACAAAAUCUGGAGUGUGCUGUCGACAUUCGAAGAGUCCUCUGCGGCUUGCAUAUCCGAUAUGCUUCUACAUGUUAGUAACGGUGCAUAUAUGGAUGGGGUGAUGGUGGCAAAGAAGUUCAUAUGGCACGUUGAUAUCCUUUUUUGUUCUGCAGAUAAAUUGGAUGGCAUAAUGAUGAGAGAUGGCUCAAAGGGGCUAUCAUAUUCGCGCGAAGCAAAAUUGUUAUGCAAGAAAAUCGUAGCAUUCUUCUCACUCCUGUCCAAAACUCAGGAGACAGGAGUUCGAAAACUUGGCGUCACACAAGAACUUCUUGCCUUGGUCACUGGUUUGGCCCACUACCUGAAAUUAUUGAUUCGCAUCUGUCUUCAAGGCGCAUUAAAGGUCGAACGAGAUCAAAAGGAUCCAGAAGGCCUUCACCAAUUCCUUGAUGACUUGGGUGAUAUGGAUGCAAUCAAGAAUGAUGAUCGAUCGUUGGAAGCUACCACAGGAACACCUGGACUUUCGGCUCCAAAUUCGGAUUCAUGCAUCAAAUGUCAAAAGCCAAUCGAGGAUGAAUGUGCUCGCUUCGAAGAAAGGAGAUGUCAUUUAACAUGCCUGCAAUGCUCUAAUUGUGAGCGAGAUCUGGCUCAGAACCUCGAGGACAUCAGGUUUGAUGAUGUGGAACAACGGGUAUACUGUUGUAAUUGUCAAAGUCAGUCUUCGGACGUGGUAUCGGGAUUCGUGCGAGUGACGAGGUUGCAACAAUAUGUCUUCCUUCUGCGAGUUGCUUUAGCUCGAUUGCUGGAAAUAUUACGCACCAAAGGUACUCUGCCACAUACUUCGGAUGACCCUAACCUCAAUGGCUACAAUUCGAGUGAGGGCCACAAAGUACCCUCGGAUGACGACCCUCCUAUGUUGAGGACUGAAGCUCGUUCGAAAUCAUUUGGUGGUCCAGUUGAUGAAAGCCCACGUGAAUCAUCCUACGAAAAUACAUUAAAUGACGUAAGACGACUACGAAGUACUCGAAUGGACAAACAUCUGUCUUCUACCAUCAAAAAAGCGAGAACCUCGCGGAUAAUGGAUGGUGUCGACAGUAAGAGGCCAGGCUCUGCAGGAGCUGAUGGAUCGGGUUCGAGGAAUAACGAGUUUCAAGUAGUGGAAGACCGCGAUGGUAAUGGCGAAUCGAGAACUGAAUUAAUGUUCGGUCAUCAAGAUGCUCUUACCCUGGACGAUAUUCCUAGAAUUGUGGCUGCUGAACAAGCAAAGGAACAAAGACCGAAUGCAUAUAAGCAUGCCCGUCAUGAGCUUUUCCGAACAUCUAUUACUGAACCUAAACUCAUCAACGGUCACCAAAGGACUUUUUCUGCCGGUAAUGACCUUGAUGCACAAACACAACGUCAACAACAGAGAGUUGCUGGAAAGAAAUAUUUCUCGGAAUUAUCCGCUUUGGAAUACUUCAUCGUACGUCAUGUUGCAGUUAUCGCUAUGCAACCCAUGCUGGAUGGUCACUUUACUAUGGAAGAACUACUUAACCUGAUCGAGACUAGAAAACCCACUUUCUGGGGUAAGAUGGGUAAAGCUUUCAAAAAUGAUGGCAAGAAGACAGCCGUCAAGAAGAAGGGUGUCUUCGGGAUACCACUUGAUGUUAUUGUCGAAAAGGAUGGUGCCGAGUCGACAGAUGGUGUUGGUCCUGGAGCUCUCAAGAUUCCUGCUCUCGUCGAUGAUGCAAUUGCUGCGAUGAGAAAGAUGGAUCUUUCAGUUGAGGGUGUCUUCAGAAAGAAUGGUAACAUCAGAAAACUUAACGAAACUGUCAAGGAAAUCGAUAGCGGAGGGUGCGAUGCUGUAGAUUUGAGUCGACAAAAUGUCGUACAAGUCGCUGCUCUACUUAAGAAAUACCUUCGAGAUUUACCAGAUCCUUUAUUGACCUUCAAGCUUCACAAUUUAUUUAUCGCAUCGCAAAAGAUUGCCGAUGAAGACAAGAGGCGUCGAGUAUUACAUCUAACAUGUUGUUUGCUUCCAAAGGUACACAGGGACUGCUUGGAGAUUCUCUGUUCCUUCUUCAACUGGGUCGCAUCUUUCCAUCAAGUUGAUGAAGAAUCCGGAUCAAAGAUGGACACUCAUAAUCUUGCCACUGUCAUCGCACCGAAUAUCAUAUACACGAACGCUAAAUCUCCUGUCGAUGAUAAUUUCCUUGCAAUCGAGGUCGUUCACACACUCAUUGAGUGUAACGAGCAAAUGUGUGAAGUACCAGAAGAUCUUCAAUCAAUACUGAAUGAUCCCGUCCUCUUCAAUAACACAUCCGAUAUCACAACCAAAGAAAUUCUUAAACGCUAUGGCGAUAUCAGUGCUUCCGGUGGUGUCAGACACACAGUUGAAACGACUGAAGCGACUGGCCAUAGAGACGGGAAUGGAAGACCAUUAGCUCCAGUGGUCACGAGAGUUGAUGUUGAUCCGGCGAAUACUGCUUGGCAGAAGGAAAGUUCUGUGAGACAUGUGCAAGAUGCGCAAGUUGGCGGGCAAGGGAAUCAGAAUAUGAACCCGAACCGAGAGUGGCAGGGUGGUGAAGGGGCAGAGUUACAACAUCCACCACAGAUUUAUCGAGAGGAAAGGACUAGGACGCCGGAUUUGGGGAAUGGUAAUGGGCAUGGACAUGGACAUGGCGGGGAGAGGAGUGGGGAUAGGGAAAGGGGGGAUAGGAGGGAAUAUAGAAAUUCUAGUAGUGGGUGGGGACCAGGGAGACCACCGCAGAAUGGUGGGGUAGGAGUUACGGGAGCGGGAUGA